AUGUCAGUUAUCAUCCUCUCCGCCACCAACGUCUCGACGAUUUCUCGCAGCUUCGGGCCCGACGAACUCACCAGUCUCAUGUCCCGCGUCUUCUACUCUUUGUCUCAAUCCCCGUCCGGAUCGUCGGCAGAAAUCCAGCAGCCCUCCCGCAUCUCCAUUUCCACCAGCAAUCACACGGCCCUCUUCAUGCCGUCGCGGAUUUCCCUGAUGGGUACCGCGAUCAAGGUUGUUUCUGUUCCUACGCUUUCGGCGCCGCAGGACGUGCGGGAGAACGGGCUGCCCGCGAGCACGCUUGUUCUAGAUGAGCGGACGGGCGCUGUGAAAGCCCUGGUGAACGCGCGGCAUCUCACGGCACUGAGAAACGCAGCUGGAUCGUUGCUUGCCACCCGGCUACUUGUCCCGCCUUCCACGCCGCCUCGGACGCUCCUGGCGAUCGGCGCGGGCGCCCAGGUCUCCGCACACGUUUCGCUGUUCCUUCGCUACUUCCGCACCAUCAUCUCGUGCACUAUCCUCAACCGCGCCCGCAACUCUAGGCUACUGAACUUGGUUUCCGCUCUCGAGAAGGAAUACCCUCUUGUGUGCUUCGAUACCGGCACGCUUCUCGGACAGCCAGAGGACACCGAGGCGCAUCUGCAGUCGGCGAUCGAACAGGCAGAUAUCAUAGUCACCGCGACGUCGUCUACUCGGUCACUUUUCCCCUCUGCGUACGUUCGACCCGGCACUCACCUAUGCCUCAUUGGCUCCUACACGCCGAACAUGCACGAGAUUGAUAGUGAACUCGUCAGGAGGGCGGGCAAGAUUGUUGUUGAUUCUCGAGAUGCAUGCAUGACGGAGGCAGGAGAACUCAUCUCUGCCGGCCUGGGGCCGUCAGACCUGAUCGAGCUGGGCGAGCUAGUUCAGUUUGAGGGCAGUUUAGCGGAUGACGCACCGUGGCUCCCAAGAGAUGCUCUGAUACAGCAGGUGAGAGACUCGGGCGACAUAACCAUAUUCAAGUCCGUCGGCGUCGGGUUACAAGACGUGGCCAUCGCAUCGGCAGUCGUGGCGCGUGCGGAGAAGGACAGGAUUGGAUUGAUCGCGAGCGAGUACGAUACGGGAGGUGAUUGA